AAAUGAAGAGGUUCUUCAGAUGUGUGUGUGUUUGUGAGUUAGAUAUCAAAUCAAAGGGUAAUGUCGUGUUGUCGCUAACGGAGCAGUAUUUACUUACGCCAUAUGUUGUGUGUGUGUGCUACGUCACACUGUCUCCGCUGUGGUUAGUUUCGCUUUACUCACGCUACGUUAACUUUGUGUCAGCUGAGAAAACAAAGUGCGUAGUUCAGGCCUCUUAUUGAGUCCGUGCUGUCGCCGCGACAAACGGAAGUGUACAUUUGAUCACACGUGCGCUCAGGCCUGUCGACAUGGACAUAGAACUUUCUCUGCACUUUGUUUUUCUUUUUUGUUAUUAACAAGUUAUCUGUAAUAUAUGGACGCCCAGUUCUGCCAGAAAAAAGAGGAUGGGGGCGGUUUCCAGCAGAUGUGAUGCUGGUCACCAGCACAGUGGGAGUGACCAAAACAAUGACCACACGCCAAUAAUUGAGGAUGAUGAUGGAAGAAAGCAGAGCUCUAGUGGGGGACACCGCUCGGGAGAGACUGUUCCCUGUCCGACCUGCCAAGGCACCGGACGUAUACCGAGAGGUCAGGAGAGUAAGCUGGUCGCUGUUAUCCCCUGUAAUGACCAGAGGCUGAGGCCCAGACACACGAAGCUGUAUGUAGCUGUGUCUGUUGGCGUGUGCCUGGUAAUUAGCACUCUGGUGUUGUUCUUCCUAUUCCCUCGCUCCGUCCUCUUGUCUCCUGUCGCAGUGAAGUCGUCUCUUGUUUACUUCCCAGACAAGUACGUCCUCAUCGACAUUACGAACGUGUUGAACAUCACCAACAACAACUAUGCACCAGUGCAGGCCUAUAACCUGUCAGUGCAGGCCCUCAACUUUGAGACGGUGGUGGGAACGGUGUCUAUUAAGAACGUCACCUCUGUCCGGCCUCGGUCCGUCACAACGUAUUCCUUCUUGAUCCCCGUCAACCUGACAGACCCUAAUCUGAAUAACUACUGCAAGAAAGUGUCUCUACCUGUCCACAUCCUGUAUCUGCACCUGCAGAUGUCUAUGACCAUUUACUACCUGGCUCACUAUGAGCAGCUCUCCCUGGAAACAUACGAGUUCAUCGACUGUGGAGCCAACAGCACCACACCCCAUCAGAUGCAAACCCCGCCUCCAUGAAGGACGGACACACAUGAAGAAACACAGUGGACGGACAUAUCGUUUUUUGUUCAUCUCAUUAAUAGGAUAUGAUAACUUCAUCUAGGAUUGAAGAGGCCUGGAAUAUGAGCUGGUGAUGGUGUUCUAAUCUCUAGCACAUGUUUCCAGUCCAGACUGAUGAGUAAACUGCUGCACAGACCCUGGUGUGGACCAAAGGAGCUGGACUCUGUGGCCUGAGAGCACACAGACCCAAAUAAGUAUUUAGAUCAUUUUUAAAUUUUCUAACGUUAUUUUUAAAUAACUAAAACAAGCUGUGGGGUUUUUCAGCUUCUUAAAUGUAAAUAUUUUCUGGUUUCUUUCAAAAAAGAAAUUAAUUGACAGAACUAGACAUUUGAGAACAUCGUCAUUUUCAUGUUUGCGAAACAACAAUCAACAUUUCAAUCAACUAAUCAGUUAAUCGAUUAUGAAAAUAAGUGUUAGUCACAGGCCCAUUAGCACAAAAUCAAUGAACUGUGUGAAGUUGGAUUUCUUUUACAGAUGUUAUUAUUUACAGAUGUGUAAUUAUUGAAGACUGCACAAAACAACACAGUUGUACCAAGAAGGAUGGAAACACUCUUUUUCUCUCUGGCGCCUCGUUUCAAAACAUGCUCUGUGGCCUCAUUUAGAAAACUGUAGGUAUGAAAAUUAACGUACGAACGUAAGAAACGUAGGAGGAUUUGCUCACGCAAUAAAAAUAACGCACGCGCGUCACACACCAGUUUCCAUCUAUAAAUCACAACCAUCUCGUAAUGAGGGCUUCAGGUAACGCCCAUCAUGGACCACAGUCAUAAAAACGCCUUAGAUUAAUAUUCAUGAUCGGAAAUGAGAGAAGAGGACGUUCACACAUCAGAUGAUGAGAAUGAUGAAGGUCGAUGUUGCUGCUGCACAACGCUCCUCUGCACUCUGUGUUUGUCGCUUGUAAAGUUAGUGAAUGGUUCCAGGGGUUGGACGUUGUAAGAGUGCUGCAUGUCACUUUGUAUUUGUACGUACAGUAAUCACAGGUUAUAGAAGUCACAAUCAUUCUUCAUCACUGACCUGCAGAUCUGACUGUUUCUCUGAAGCUUCCGUGUGUCUGGUCCUCAAGAAGAGAGAUUACAUUUCUUUCUAUUCUCUCUUCAUCUGAUUGAAUCAGAUCGACUUCACUUGUGGAAAUUAAACAGUCUGUAAAUGACAGACUGGUCUGCACAAUUCUAAUUAUUAUGAUAAUGAUGAUGCAUUAGUGAAUGAAUUCACUCUGAUUAAUGUCCAUCAUUUGGUUCAGAAGAAAAAGGGAAUUCCUCAUCCUACAUAACCUCAGGUAUUAAAAACAAAUGUUGACAGCAUUAGAUGUGUUACAGAUAAUCAGAGCUCAGACACAUUUUAAGUGAGUAAUGAAUAAACUUGAUGUGUUUACUAUAGUCACAAAUAUCACACACUAACGCAGCAUGUAGGUCUGCUUCUCUGUAGGAGGACAGUGCUGGUUCCUCCUUCACCACUGCUGGGUGUACUGCAAUGACUGCAAGACAAACACGAUGUAAUCAGCUCAAAAUACUUCAAAUAAAAAUCUUAACUGUG